CCAGACGAAAUAUUAGGAGGCCAGUCGAAAAGCCCAAGUUCUCUCUCCUCCGAAAGCCUUCGAAAAACCCUAGCGAUCUCCAUUGCUGCUCUCUCUCUCUUGAGCUCAGAAGAAGGAGCAGGAGCUCCGAUCCAUUCUCCGGCAAUGGAAUUCGACGAGUACGACUACCUGGAGAAGACGGUGGAGAACCGAGACGAUCGGGAGAAUUCAUCCAAGUCAAAGAAGAGCAAGGACGGAGCGUCUGAAAAGACCUACAGGAAGCGGGAUGUCGAGGACGAUUUGGACGGCGAUGAACGGAGGGGCAAGAGGUCCAGGGCCGGCGACGAGGAGAACGGCUCGAGAAAGGACCGGGACCGGGAGGAGAAGGACAGGUCCGCGCGCAGAGAUAAGGACCGCCAUAAAAGUAGCAUAGACAAUGAUAGGGAACGAGACCGAGAGGAUAAGGAUCGCGUCAGGGAGAGGAGUAGCAGGGACAAGGAUAAGGAGAGGGACAGAGAUAGGGAUAGGGAGAGGGACAAGGAGAAGGAGAGAAGGGAUAGGGAUAGGGAGAAGAGAGACAGGGACAGGGAUGAGAAGGAGAGGGACAAGGAGAAGGAGAGGGACAAGGAGAGGGAGAGGUCACGGAGGAGCAGGAGCAGGUCUCACAGGAGCCCGAGCCCUCCUCGGAGCGGGAGCAGGUCUCGAAGGAGCUCGAGCAGGUCUCAGAGACACGAGGGUGAUUACGAGCGGGAACGCGACCUCGACAUUAGAGAGAGCAGGAGAUUUAAGGAUAAGAAAGAGGCAGUGGAGCCUGAGGCUGAUCCAGAAAGGGACCAGAGAACGGUGUUUGCUUAUCAGAUGCCUCUGAAAGCCACUGAAAGGGAUGUCUAUGAGUUCUUCUCAAAAGCUGGCAAGGUGAGGGAUGUAAGAUUGAUCAUGGAUAGGAAUUCAAGGCGGUCCAAAGGUGUUGGGUAUAUUGAAUUCUAUGAUGCAAUGUCAGUUCCAAUGGCUAUAGCACUUUCUGGCCAAUUACUACUUGGGCAACCAGCAAUGGUCAAACCAUCCGAGGCUGAAAAAAACCUUGUGCAGUCUACAACCUCUGGCACAGCUGGUGGCGCUGCAGGAGCAUAUGGAGCCACAGACAGGAAAUUGUAUGUGGGGAACUUACACUUUAAUAUGACUGAGAGCCAUCUAAAAACUAUAUUUGAGGCAUUUGGCCCUGUGGAGCUCGUCCAGCUACCCCUUGACCCUGAGACUGGGCAUUGCAAGGGUUUUGGAUUUGUUCAGUUUGCGCAACUUGAACAUGCAAAAGCUGCUCAAAGUGUGAACGGAAAGUUGGAAGUUGCUGGUAGAUUUCUCAAGAUUUCCUCUGUCACGGAUCAUGUUGGAGCUCAAGAUACUGUUGCAAAAUCUGCGGAUCUAGAUGACGAUGAGGGUGGAUUGGCUUUAAAUGCUCAGUCACGAGCAUUGCUGAUGCAAAAACUGGAUCGCACCGGUAUUGCCACAAGUAUUGCGGGAUCUCUUGGGGUACCUGUCCUUAAUGGAGCCCCAAUGCAGCCGGGCAUGUUGCCCGUCAGCAAGCCUGCCACAGUGCCUAUGCCUAUACUUCCUGCACAGGUUAUCUCUGCAGCUUCAGAAGCUGUUGGAAGCCCCACUGAGUGUUUGCUGCUGAAGAACUUGUUCGAUCCUGCCACCGAGACGGAACCAGACUUCGAAUUGGACAUAAAGGAGGAUGUGGAAGAAGAGUGCUCCAAAUAUGGGAGAGUGAUCCACAUUUAUGUGGAUAAGAACAGUGCAGGUCAUGUAUACUUGCGAUUUGAGAACGUAGCAGGAGCAAUUAACGCUCAACGUGCAAUGCAUCUUAGGUGGUUUGCGGGCAGGUCCAUUUCUGCCAUAUAUAUGCAACCGCACGAUUACGAGGCCAAAUUCAAAGGUACCGCUUAAUUCAAGUAGUGUGGUGGAGGAUUCCUUGUAAUUUUCCUCUCUUUUUUUUUUCUUUAAAUUUUUGUAUUUUGCUAUUCGGCUUUUGGUGUUAGAUAAAUCUGGUAUUGUUGGAUAGUUUUGAGUUGGCAGGGGGCAUCUGUACUCUUCAGAUCUGCGUAGGCCUUACUGGUUGUGUACAACAUUGGUUAUUAUUUGUAUGAUCAGGAGGGAAAAGAAAAAUUAAUUUUAACCUCUAGAUAGCGUUUUUACUGUUC